UUCUUUUGUUUUCUCAACAACGUUUCUGGACAGUGAUUGAUGACAUGCUCUUGCUGAGUGUCUCCAAAGGAGGGAAAGGGGCGUGACUAGUCACAGGAGCGCAGGCGAUGGAAAGGGUUAAUAGGAUAGCGAGCAGUACUCUUGUCUGCCACUUUGAGUGACGUGAUCAGCUCAUUUUCCUGCCGCUUGUUUGCUGUGCUGCCGCCUGGGGAGGGUACCGAGCGGGAUCUCAUACAGCCUUCCGCCCCGUUACCGGACAGAGGAUCUUACCACCGACACGAGCCCGAAACAGGAGAUUGUUUCUGUAGCGAUAUCACUACCAUUGACGUUUGGUUUAGUUUUUUUCCCUUCCCAGGAUGUCCAGUGCUUUAUAAAUGAAAGCAUCAUAUUGCGAGUUCAGCGGACAGAUUUACACAAACGGUAGCUGACAAAGAAUUUUGUUUUGGGCUUCAAUCAAACAUGCCACGGAGAAAACAGCAAGCGCCGAAGCGCGCAGAAGCCUACUCCUCAGAAGAUGCACCAGAGCAGGCAGCUGAAGGAGGAGAAGUGAUGGAGGACGAGGACCCAGCCACUGGGCACAGACUGCAGACAGACAGCUCAGCCCCACUCCCUUCGGGCCCCGAGAGCGACCAGGACGCCUGCCUGUCCGACCUCUCCUCUCAUGACUUGGACAGUGAGUCUCACCUGAGCGAGCCCAGUGACCGCAUGUCUGAUUUUGACUGUGUGAAAAACGAAGAGGUGGCCAGUCGAGGAUCACCGAAGCUCCGGCCGGAGACGGAAGAUUCUGGGAGCAUCAGUCCAGGUAGCCUAGAACAGAUGAAGGCCAUUUAUAGCAGUUUCCUCACCAAUUCAUACUGGUCCUCCCUGGGUCUUAGCCUCCAACAGCCCAGCACUGAGAACCUUCCGUGCACUAACAACAGCAGUGGCAACACUAGUAUUAACAGCAGUAGCAGCACCAGUGGUAGCACCAGUGCAUUUGACUGGCACCAGUCGGCCAUGGCCAAGACUCUUCAGCAGACCCCUCCAAACCCUCUGCCUCUGGUUGUGGAUCCAGGCCUGAUCAGCACUAUCCACCUCCAACGCCAGAGCACCAAACUGUACGGCUCCAUCUUUUCCGGCGCCAGUAGGUUCCGCUGUAAAGGCUGCAGCUCAGCCUAUGAGACCCUGGUAGAGCUGACUGUGCACAUGAAUGAAACGGGUCACUACCGCGACGACAACCACGCCAAGGAUGGCAGCGGUGCUAAGUGCUGGUCCAAGCCUCGCAAGCGCUCCCUGCUGGAGAUGGAAGGGAAGGAGGACGCCCAGAAGGUCCUGAGGUGCAUGUACUGUGGGCACUCGUUCGAGUCACUGCAGGACCUCAGUGUGCACAUGAUCAAGACCAAGCACUACCAGAAGGUUCCCUUGAAGGAACCCAUGCCAUCCAUGGCAGCAAAGAUGGUAGCCCAGUCUAGAAAAAGAAUGCCAGUUGACCUGGAUCUUCUCAUUCCUCAGUCCAAAGAAAGGACUCAGAAAGAGUCAGGCGUCAGUAAGAAUCACAAAGAGAAGCUCCCUGACGUCGGUGAUGUCUCAAACAGUCACCAUGGGAACCAGAACAACGGGAGCACCAGCUCAUGGCAAUUUGAGUCUCACAAAUCCCAGAUCCUGAAAUGCAUUGAAUGUGGGAUUUCCCAUGAUUCCUUGCAGGAACUGACUGCCCAUAUGCUUGUCACUGGGCAUUUCAUUAACGUCAGCAACAUUGCCAUGAAAAAAUCAGAGCUUGCACCUUUGUCAGGACCAACAUCCCCUACAGAAGAGAAGACCCAGUCUGUUCUACUGCCACCAUCCUCACUCUCAUCCUCUCCAGCCUCUCUCUCAUCCCCAUGCAUGUCCCCCUCCAACACUGGUGCUCACGUCAAACAAGAGGACUCAGACAGCAAACACAGCAAACCACUUUCAUCUGAGGACCAGAAAGCCAAGAAAUCCUCCAAGUAUGACUACCUGACUGAGGAAGACCUGAAAGAAAGCCCCAAGGUGGGCUCAGACAUUCUGAAGUCUCUGGAGAACGCUGUCUCGUCAGCCAUUCACAAAGCACAGACCGGGUCACCCAGCUGGGGCGGCUACCCCAGCAUUCAUGCUGCCUACCAGCUGCCCGGCGGUCUCAGUCAAGCCCAGGUAAUUCCUGGCAGGAGCGCUGCCCUAAGGUGUCUGGUAGCCAGCAGAGAAAGCCUCCCCCUUGGCAAGAGCCCAGCACUGACUUCACCUGCCGCCACCCACUGCCCCAUGUCUCCUGCAAGUCAAUUACUGACUUCAGAAAUCAAUACAAAUAGCCCCUCCUCUCUUGUCUUGCCUUCUUCUCACCCAGUCAACCUGCAGGCCAUGCAGGAGCUGGUGAAGAGAGUGACUGAGAAAAUGGCUAAGGUGGAGAAACAGAUGAAGCCUGUGGAAGAUGAUGCAGCUCCAGUGAAAAAGGAAAGUCCCUCUCCUCACAGAAGUAAGACUGUGGAGUCUGCAGAUCAGGGCUCACCCAAAGACCAGGCGCCCAAAACCCCAGUGGAAACUUCUGGCUCUGAGCAGCCCUCUAACACUGACAGUAGUGUAGCAGAAGAGAGGACAGAGACAGAGAACCAGAAGACAGAUCGAGUGAAAUCUCCCAGACUUGCUUUGGAUGCUAGCACUGCCAUUAUUAUGAACCAUUUGGUGCAAGAGCAGCCUUUUGUCAGUCCCUUAAGUGCACUACAGUCAGUGAUGAAUCUGCAUCUUGGCAAAGCGGCCAAGCUUGCCAAGCGAGACACAGACCCUAUUAGCAUGCUUUUCAAGAUGAGUAACAGCAUGGCUGACAAGGUUGCUGUAGCAACGCCCCUUCCUGUGAAGAGCAAGAAGACAGAACUGUGCACUGAAAGUUUUCAGGAUGUUGACAAAGACCAGCCAAUUGACUUGUCUAAGGGUAAAAGCGACAGACCUUGGGGUUCUUUGACUGUGUCUUCUAUAACAUCAGCCACACUCAAAGCCACCACAUCUCCACCUGUCCUACCUAGCGUGGCCUCUACAAACGCACCUAUAGACACACCUCUCCCCAUGAGUGAUGUAUUCCAGGAGAAUGCUCUGGCAGACAUCUCAGACAUGGUACGCAACCUAACCCAAUCCCACGGUGUUUCCAAGACCACAAAGCACAGCAGCCGGCUGGAGAAGACCAACGGUGAGAGUGCCGUGACUCCGGAGGUUACAGAGGAGGACGCGACUCACAGGCGCAAAGGCCGGCAGUCCAGCUGGAACCCCCAGCAUCUCCUCAUCCUCCAGGCACAGUUCACGGCAAGCCUGCGACGCUCGACGGAGGGCAAGUACGUCCCACCGGACCUGAGCCUGAAGGAGCGCACGAACAUCUCCCACAUCACGGGCCUCUCCAUGACAACCAUCAGCCACUGGCUGGCCAACGUCAAGUACCAGCUGAGGCGGUCAGGCCGCACCAAGUUCCUGAAGAACCUGGACUCAGGCCAGCCCGCAUUCUUCUGCAGCCAGUGCUCUUCGCAGAUCCAAACGCCGUCGGCCUACGUCGGACACCUGGAGUCCCACUUGGGCUUCAGUCUCAAGGACCUCGCUAAGAUAUCGGGAGAGAAACUCAGAAAGCAGGCUGGGCAGUCUGACAAAGCCCCCUCUGAUCAGCAGCCUCCUUUGCCUGCACAGUAUGAGGAGGGGAAGAGUGUGCUACUUGGGUGCAAGUUUUGCAAGCAGACUUUCACAAGCAAGCAUGCAGUUAGACUCCAUAUGUGCAAAACACAUGGAAGGAGAACAGAGGGCCUUCUGCCUAAAGGUCUCGAAAUGGAGACGUAGAUUAAAUUCUGGAAUCGAGGCUUCAGCUGGAAUCUGGCAAUGUUAAACAAACAAAACAAACAAAAAUAUCCUAUUUAAAUCUCAUUGUCCAUUUCAAAACAGACAACUUAGGACUGUGCUGAAUAGUUCUAUUUUGAUAUUAUAUAUAUAUAUAUAUAUAUUUCAAUAUUUUUCCAAAAUUAUUAUUUCCAAAAUAUUAUUUGUACAUGUGAAAGUAUCUUAAAAUGCUAUGUUAAACUUUUUUUUAAUUGUUAAGAAGCUAAACGUCAAUGUCAACCUGGAAUGGAAAUCUUCUUCAAUGAGAAAAAGUUAUGCCAUAUUCAAGAACUGCUUACCAUCACCUACAGAGUAUAUGUUGUAUUACUUUUCACAUUACGAGAUCCUGUAUAAGCUGAAGCUUGAAGGUUUGAGUUAAUGUAUAUAUACACAAACAAAGUAUUACUGGAUGGAUCAGUGCACUUUCAAAGAAUAAUGUUUUUCAUAACCAUAGAAGAUUUAGCAAAUUUCAGCUGAAAAGCACCUAUGUUGUUUUGCACAGUACAGAAUAUUUUGUUAAGAUGUAUCGAUUUGUCUUACUUUAAAAUACAUAACAUAAUAAAAAUAAGAGUGUGUUUUUUUGUUGUAAGGCUGAUUGUCGACAUUGUAGACAAUUGUCAGUUAAUGGAUGAUUGAAAAAAAAUCACAAUAAUAAAAUGUUCUGUUUAAAUGAUUACCUUUACUAUCAACCACGAAUGUUAUGAAUGUUUAAACAUUGUAUCUGUUGUUAAUACCACUUUGAUAAUUAUUAAAAAGGCCUCUUUUGUCAUAAGAUUAGAUGUCUUAAAAUAAUGUUUUCUUUGUCCUUGUAUUUUGUGAUAUUAAGUAAUAAACGAUUAACAUUA